AUGUGCGAUUUUGUCGAUUUGGAAGGAAUUUUCGACAACCAUCAAGUUUUGACUACUGGCCUUCUUCGUUCACGAAAACGACGAGAUGUCUCGAAUUCUGACGAGGUAACUCAAUCGCUGCACGAAGAAAAGAAUAUUGAUGAUGACUUCGCCAUUCCCAUGUCAAGAGAAGCAAUCAAAUGGUGCUCCGGAAGCGAUGACGUCGACAACGAGUGCGAUCACGUGAUCGGCUUUCAGCCAGAAGCGCACUGGUUGAUCUACAAUCGUUAUUUCUUCGACGAGCUUGAUGGGAUUCCAGGGGAUUCUUCCGUCAUCAAUCAGUACCGAAACAAAUGCGGUUCAAGCCGAGCCGGUCCAUUCCCAAAGCUUUUCCGAGCAAAUGACGAUAUGCAAUCAAACUUCGGAAUCGCGAUCGAGAACUUUUUCAUGCCUCCAAGUAUCGAAAGCUACGGAAACUCUGCUCGCGUCAAAAAUCAACUAGAACACGAGUGCCCGAAUCUCAGUCCAAGUCAAACCAUCAGAAGCGAAAAUUUUUCAAAAGAUCAUUGUGAAGCAAGAACCUUAAAAAGCUCCGACGAUUGGGCCGGCUAUACCUCCGCCCCUUCCCAGUCCUCCCUCGACGAUAAAACGCGUUGCCACUCGUCCCAUCUUUGUGGAUACCCAAUCCAUUGUGACUACGACGAAUGGACAAUAAACGAGACAAAAAACUAUUCUCGAAAGUCUCGAUUCUUCUACGAAAUCAACUGCAAUAAAUCGAUGCCGAUGCUGAUCGCGUUUUAUCUUCUAAUGAUAAUGUCGAUUUCAACCUAUGGAAAUGUUCUGAGCAUUGUCACUCUUGUCUCAAAGCUCAACUGUCCUCUGAAAAUGAGAACUACUCGUAGGAGACAUGUAAAAAUCAAAUUAUCGCUUACCAUCGCAGAUCUGAUACCAGCUAUCUCUCUUUUGCCAAUUAUGGUUUAUUACGUCCUGACAGGAUAUGGCAACCCGUCCCCUAGUGCUCAUUACUAUUACGGAAUGGUCCAGGAAUCAAAAGGCGCGGUCUGGGUCAAUGUUUCAGGAGUCCUGUACAUCAUCUACCUCGUCAGCACCGCCGCGAAUCUUUCCCUCCUCUCUACUGAGCGAUUUAUUGCUUUGAAGUUUCCACUGCGAAAUUUAUCAUUUUUGACCGACACUGGUUGCAACUCAAUUAUCUUAUUCAUCUGGAUCAUUUCGAUAUUCAUAUCUAUCAUUCCAUUUCUGAUGUAUGACUACUUUGGCUACUCAUUUGAUCCUCAAGUCUUCCUCAAUAGCAUUAUCAUCAAGACAGACAAGACAGAUGGAAGCAGACUUCAUGGACUUUUUUACGUCUUCUGCGCUUUUGUCGGACCGUAUUUUUACAACCUGAUUCUUUGCAUUCUCACUCUUGUUACUGUCCACAAGAGCAUGAGCGAUCAUCGGAUAUUCGACCAAUCUCAAAGAUACAUCAGCACAGAGCGGGAAAUUGCCAAUUUUCAAUUUUUCCGAGUGACGGCAAUUAUGGUUGUUGGCUUUAGUAUGACAUUGCUUCCAUACUCGAUUAUUUUGCUCUUGUUCGUCGCUGGAGUACUGACAUGUGGCCCUACUACGUCGAGGAUUUUUGUUUUUGCCACAUUUUUCAGUCUAUCUGCGUGCGUUAUAAACACAGUGGUUUACAACAUUUCGUCGCAGAAUUUUCAAAAAGAAGUUCUUUCAUUAAUUGGCAUUGACAAUCAAUUGAGCAGUCGUUCCAGAAUAGCUCAAAUUGGACCAUCAAAGAGGAUAAUUGCACGCCGAACAAAUAUCAAAACGAUCACAAGCGACGAACAUACGCUUAUGGAAUGA